GUGAGAAAAGUCGUCUGUGGCAGGCUGACGCUGUGUUUUCUUGACAUUUUCCGGUCAGAUAGUGCAGUCAUUAUUCCCAACAUGGGCUUACUAUUCCAUUCGAUUGCCUGGCUGUAAGUCGAACUCUAUUUAAGGAUCUUCAACUGGUGUAGGUUCCAAACAAGUGAAGUUAUCACCAAGUAAAAAUGUUCCCAACAACUGGCAAAAUUCAUGACAAGUUACCAUCCUUGCCGUGUGAGGAAUAGGUCGUGUACAUUUUCUCAACGGUUCUUUGAUAUUUGGAGAGUACGUGAUCUCAUGUCAAGGACCCUAAAUAUUUUUAUGUCUUAGGUGAUGCUUAUCGUAUAGUAUGAAACCAAAGAUGGCCGAGGUGGGGACAGUCAUCGCCAAAUGGGAUUACAAGGCCGAAAACGCUCAAGAACUGGACAUCAAGAAAAAUGAGCGCCUCACACUACUGGAUGAUAGCAAGGACUGGUGGAAAGUGCAGAAUGCGCGCAACGAGUCUGGCUAUGUCCCGUCAAAUUACGUGAAAAAACAGAAGCAGUCGAUUUUAGAUCGACUGCGUGGAACGAUUGCCCGCAGCAACAGCAAAGCUGCGGACUCGAAAACAGGCAUGACCCCGCCCAUCGCCCGAAAUGGUAAUACUAGUGUUAUGAAAGACUCCACGAACAACGUGGAUAGUCUCCCUUGUGAACCUAUUCCCCAUAUUACCAAAUUUAACUAUGAAGCCCGACAGCCAGACGAACUAAGCCUUGUAAAGGGUGAGAGAGUUACUGUGUUGGAGAAGUCGAGUGACGGUUGGUGGAGAGGGCGGAAAGAGGCACAUAACCAAGUGGGCUGGUUCCCAUCAAACUAUGUCGAGCCAGAAAUCGAGGACAAUGAUACAGGAAUGUACUCAACGGCAGCAGUUACCUAUGCAUGUUCCGGGGUCCCUCCACUCAUAGAGACUGCUGUGACUUUGUACCCUUUUUCUAGCUCAAAUCCUGAAGAACUUAAUUUUGAGAAAGACGAAAGGUUAGAAAUUCUAGAAAAACCUCGCGAGGACCCAGACUGGUGGAAAGCAAGGAACACUCGUGGGGAAGUGGGCCUUGUGCCGAGAAAUUAUGUGCAAAUUGUUGAAGAGACUGAAACAGAGAGUUUUACCACAGAGACAGCGAGUACGCCCCAGUCCCAUUCAGCUAGUAGCUUGUCUAACACAUCGUCACUCGGUGCCGUACGAGUUGGUGACAAGGGACAGUUUAGGGUUUCUGGCCCCUUGGCUGAGAAAGAUUGGUAUUAUGGGAAAAUUACUCGAGCACAGUGUGAAGAAAUUCUCAGCAAAUAUGCAGAAGAUGGGGAUUUCCUUAUUAGAGACAGUGAAACUAGUGUUGGCCAUUUUACAGUGGUAUUGAAAGCGCCCAAUAGAAACAAACACUUUCGUGUUCAAAUAAGUGACGGACGUUACCAAAUUGGGCAGCAGACAUUCCCAUCUCUAGAAGACCUUAUAGAGCACUACAAGAAGCAUCCUAUUUAUAAACAAGAUCAUGAAAAAUUGUUUCUGGUCAAAGCAUUUGUGUACCCAGCGGAGUUCUGACCAGUGUGUUCCUUGGGGGUUUUCCUGUCAAGCUGUCCACAGUUCACCAAAGUCCAUUAACAAGUGGACAAUCAACCCAAGAUCAGGAGGCCCUUGUCAAGCAGGAGUUAUGCCCCUUCGUGUCACUCUUCUACUAGUCAGAUGGAAAUAUCCAUCGUGUUAACGUGUGUAUAUCUACUCAGCUGCAGUCAUGUCAUUUUUUUUACAUGCAUGUAUAUAUUGUCCAAGUCUGACAUUAUUGUGCCGUUUUAUGACUCCACAGAAGAAAGUGUUCCUUUUUACUAAAGCUGUCCAUACUCCUAAAGCUUUCAGUUGCAUACAAAUUGUCAACAAAAUCAACUUUCCAUUUAGUUCUUACUGGAACCAGUUUGAGAAUUUGUGAGGUGGAAUUUCCAUCUGUCAGCAUUCAACAUCUGCUGUGUUUUAAAUUUGAUCUUUACAAAACUACAAACCGUCUUAUUUUUGGAUAAAAAAAGUUUUGAACUUGAUAUAUAGUUGGGUUUAAGUUUCUCUGGAAGUAGGUGUAAUAAAGUGAUUGUUUUUGUGUUUAACUUUAUAACCAUCUUUCAUACCAUUGCCAUUAACAGUUCACUUUCAGAAUCUCCAUAUUGGUUUGGGAUACCUAGAGGUAUCUCAACCUGUUUGCCUUGGCUUAGUGAGAGAACGAAAAUCCUUUCAUUUGAAACACCUGAAAGAUGAUCAAAAGCUGUGAUUUCCCUUGCUUAAUAUCUGAAAUUUGUCUUGUUUAUGAACGCGAUGUCAGAGGCAGGUCAGAAUCUCGAGCUGAAGUAGACUGGUUCAUCAAGCUCACUUCUUUAUUCAGGAGGGGAUAUUUUCAUUGGCGUGACAAGAAAAUUUUAAAAAAAUUUUGAAUAAAAAAGUUACCGAGACAUGGUUCUAACUUUCCAGUCUGACAACGAGCAUGUAUCCGUGAAAUUGAAGUUAAAAGACUAUGAAAAUUCGUUAAAAAAAAAGAAAACAGUGAUUUUUUGCCAUGCGUGUGAAAGCCUACUCUAAAUUAGCCCCUUGUGCAAUUGUUGCAAAUUCUACAGAGGUACAGGUAUAUGUUCAUGUGUGAAAAUUUCACAGCUCUGUUAUACGUGGCAGCGCAUGUUUUACUUCAUUGAUUGAGACUCUGACCUGCUGUUGUCACCUUUAUUUUCCCAGGUGAUUACUAAAAUUGCAACAAAGUGUAAAAAUGUAUCGAAAAUCGGCUUUAGACUAUUCAACAUAAAAUGCAUGUAUCUGGUGCAUUUCAUGUAACUCAUUCUUUGUUGUCAUGACUCAGCCUGUUUCUAAUAGCUUGGCAACAGAAAUAUAAACUUUCCAGGAUGUACAGUGAGUCAAAAUCAGAGAAUGGCGUUCAGCUUCAAUAGAGAAGGUAAAAUCGGAUAUUUUCAAGCUUCUGCGUUA